GCGGGGCGGCCGCGCGGGACGGUUGAGGGGCGCGCGCCAUGGCGGCAGCCUGGCAGCGCCCGUACCUGAACAUCUUCAAGCACUUCCGAGUGCAGGACUGGAAGCGCUCGGCCCGGGAGGGGGACGUGGUCGCCCUGACGGACCCGAGGCUGAAGGGGCCGGUGUACCGGCUGCGGGGCCCGGUGCCCGGCAGCAGCUCCCUGCAGCUGCCCCGGCCCGGCACCCGCUCCCUGCGCCUGCACGGCCAGUUCCUCUACCUGCUCUUCAGGCCCGUGUCCUGCAAGCACUUCCUGGUCCACCUGGAUGUUGUCACCGAGGACAAGCAGGUGGUUCGCAUCUCCUUCUCCAGCCUCUUUAAGGAGUUCAAGUCCACGGCCACCUGGCUGCAGUUCCCCUUCCUCUGUGGAGAACCUGAGGCCUUGGGAUGUCCCCGUGCUCCUGGGACAUCCAGGCGUGGUCUGGUGGGAUCACCCCCUGUGGACACUCGCUGGACCUGCCUGGUGCUCGACCUCCCCUCCAUCCUCUCCCUCUACCUCAGCCGCCGCUACAGCCACCUGAAGGGUGUCAAGCUCUGCUCCAGCCUCCUGGUGAAGAACCUCUUCACCAGUGACCUGCUCUUCCACCCAGGUGUGACCUCCUCAGAGGCCAGGCAGGGUGACCUGGCCUGCCAUGGGCUCACUCCCAUGCCAAGAGAAAUGGCUUUCCCUGUGCCUAAGGGACAGAAGUGGCACGACCUCUAUGACUACAUCAGGUUCCCAUCCGAGGGCUCCAAGCUGCCAUACAACUCCAUCCAGAAGAGCUGUCCAGGUGGCCAAGUCCUGGAGGAACCUGUUCACCAGCUGCCCCAGCUCACCAAAGCAGUCCGUGACCGACUGUCCCUCAUCCACCAGAUAACCAGUCCCAAAGCUAAGCCACGUCGGCGCCCUGGCCUUCCAAAAAGGAUCCCAGAGCUUCAGCUGACAGCCCCAGGGUCACCCAGAGCCCUGUCUGCUGGGGACCAGGAGCCAGAGGAGAACCAGAGAGCUCAGAGUGCAGGGGCCAUGGGGCAGCCACGGGCUGGGGGUGCUGGUGGCAUCCACGUGUACGCCCAGCGGAGGAGCCGACCGAGCGUCCGAGCCCACCAGAGGGACUCAGAGGAGGGGCUCUUGCCAGAUCCCAUCCUGAAGCUGAAGAUGAUUAUUGGCUUUGGAGGCUCCAGCACCAAAUGGGCCCUGUGGACUCAGGACAAUGACACUGUGGUCUACCCCUGCCAUGCUGUGAUAGUGACCCUGCAGAUCCAGACUGGGGAGCAGAGGUUCUUCAUGGGACACACGGAGAAGGUGUCAGCACUGGCCUUCAACGGCAGCAGCACCCUGCUGGCCUCUGCCCAGGCUGGGCCCCUCAGCGUGGGGAGGCUCUGGGACUUCCCCACAGGCACCUGCCUCUCGGUGUUUAGGACCCACGUCUGCUCCCUCCUGUCCCUCAGCUUUUCCUACAGUGGAUCCAUCCUGUGUGGGGUGGGGAAGGACGGGCACGGCAAAACGGUGGUGGUGGUGUGGAAUGUUGCUCAGGUGACCCGUGGUGGGGAGGUGGUUGUGCUGGCCAAAGCACACACUGAUGUGGACAUCCAGGCCUUGAAAAUUGCUUUUUUUGAUGAUACCAGGAUGGUGUCGUGUGGCCGGGACAGCGUGCGGCUGUGGCGGGUGCGCAGCGGGGCCCUGCGCUCCUGCCCCGUCCCUCUGGGGCACUAUCAUUCCCUGGAUCUCACCGACCUGGCCUUCGAGGAGGGACACACGGCCCAGCGGGAGCCCGAGGACCGCACGCUCUUUGUCUGCAGCAGGAGUGGCCACAUCCUGGAGGUGGACUACAAGAGGGUCUGCGUGAGGAGCGUGCGGAGGCUCCUGCCCUCCCAGCCCCAGCAGAAGGCAGGCAGCAGCCCAGGCCCUGGGAUUGCUAUCAACAGCAUCAGCAUCUCCUCAACCUUCUGUGCCACGGGUUCAGAAGAUGGUUACCUGAGGCUGUGGCCACUGGACUUCUCAGCUGUUGUCUUAGAGGCAGAGCACCAGGCUCCAGUGAGUUGUGUCUGCAUCAGCCCAGACAGCCACAGGGUCCUGUGCACCACGGCUGCUGGGAACCUGGGCUACCUGGACAUCCAGGCCCAGCACUAUCACACCCUCAUGCACUCCCACGGGGACUCCAUCCUGGCCUUCUCACUGGAUGGGGUUUGGAAGCAGAUGGCAACCUUGUCUCAGGAUGGCACCAUCCGAGUCUGGAACCUGGUCUCCAUGCAGCAGCUGUAUGACUUCAGGGCUGCUGAGGAGGCUCCAUGUGCUGUGGCCUUUCACCCCAGCCAGCAGGUCCUGGCCUGUGGCUUCGACAGUGGGAUGGUGAGAACCUUCAGCUUGGCUGCCUCCCACCUGCUGCUGGAGCACAAGCAGCACCGUGCCGCGAUCACCGGCCUGACCUUCUCUCCUGAUGGCAACUUCAUGUUCAGCUCCUGCCUGCAGGGAACCCUGGCUCUGUACAGCUGCAAGGCACAGGAGAGCCACGUCCUGAGGGUCCUGGGCAACGUGGUGGCCCGGGAUGCUGAGGGUGGACCAGAUGCUCUGGUGGUCAGUGGGGACAGUCAUCUCCUGGCCUUUGUGGGCCCCUCCAAGUACGUUGUGACCGUGAUGGAGGCCUGCUCUCUCGAUGAGCUGCUGAGGGUGGACAUCAGCAUCCUGGAGUUGAACAGCAUGGCCUUGGACUCUGCUGGGAGAGUCUGCUUUGCUCCAGUGCCUCGAGGAGAGCUCCUGGUGUCCACAUCUUCCAACAGAAUCCUCGUUCUUGACGUCAAAACGGGGCGGCUGAUACGAGAGGUGUCCCCCGUGCACAAGCUGUCCUGUUCUUCCUUGAUGCUGAGCAGGGAUGGCAGGUACCUGCUGACUGCUGGUGACAGGGUCAUCAAGGUGUGGGACUAUCAGAUGCGCUUCCAUGUCAACUUCCAGGUGUACAUCGGGCACUCGGAGCCGGUGCGCCAGGUGGGCUUCACCCCCGACCAGCGGCAGGUCCUCAGCGUUGGAGAUGCCAUCUUCCUCUGGGACUUCCUGGCUCUGCCUGAGGAGAAGCCACCCCCAGCCAGGGCUGAAGGACAUUUCACAAGGCCUGUUCUUUUCACAGAAGGCAGCUCUGAGAAGCUCAGGGAUGGCUCUGAGACACCUCGGCACACAGCGCCUCUUCCACUGCUGCCCUCACCUCCCUGUUUGGAUGUCACCUCUGUCCACCAAGAGGGGUGUCAAAGUGUUUUCUCCACGUCAGACCAAGAGGAGGAAGCAGAUGAGGCAGGCAGCAGGGGGAUGGUGGCAAAUGGGGACAAAGAUGCCUCAGUCCUUGUGAUGGAGCCAGUCAGGAACGAGGAGCUCGUUGUCGUGAGGCCCAGAGGGAGGCAGGAGAGCUCCAGGUCUCCUGGAGGAUCAGCAAAUGAGCCCAGAAAGGAGACCAGAAGUCCCAUGUCCCAGUUCUCCAUCCGCCCAGAUUCCUACUGGCAUUUCACUCCUCGCUUUAAAGCUUCGGUGCUUCCCCAGAGUUUCUCUUCUCCUCCAGCUGGCAGGGAGGUCUUGAAGCUGAAAGCAGUGAUUGGCUACAAUGGGAAUGGCAGAGGGAAUAUGGUGUGGAACCCAGACACAGGUUUCUUUGCUUACACCUGUGGCUGCCUCAUUGUGGUGGUGGACCUGCACUCGGGGUCUCAGAGUCACUGGCUGGGCCACACUGAGGAGAUCUCCACCCUGGCUGUCAGCCACGAUGCCCAGGUUCUUGCUUCUGCCUCAGGGAAGAGGGAAGGAGACUCCCAUUGUCAGAUCUGCAUCUGGAGCAUCCAGGAUGGGGUUUGCACAGCAACUCUCUUCCACCACAAGACACAAGUACAAGCCAUGGCAUUCUCCAGGGAUGACAGGUUCCUUGCUACCCUGGGGGACUACAGUGACCAAACCCUUGCUCUGUGGAGCACCUACACCUAUGAACUCCUGGCAUCAACGUGUCUCUUGUGGCCAGUGCACAACGUGGCUUUCAGUCCUCUUGCCCACAGAGAACUGGCCUGUGUGGGGAAGGGAUCAGUCAUGUUCUGGCUGUUGGAGCAGCAGGGAGCUGAUGUCAACCUCAAGGUUCAUCGGGUCCCUGCCCCAGACAUUUUAGGAGCAGUGGAGAUGACCUCUCUCUGUUAUGGUGCUGAAGCUCUUCUUUACAGUGGGACCAACUCAGGCCAGAUCUGUGUGUGGGACACGGAGACCAACAGCUGCUUCAUGACCUGGGAGGCCGACGAGGGCGAGAUCGGAGUCCUGCUGUGUGGGCACGACCGGCUGCUCAGCGGCAGCAACACCAGGCGCCUGCGCCUCUGGGCAGUGGGCACCAUGCAGGAGCUGAGGCUGGAAGGUCCCCGUGCCAGGUCCAGCUCAGUCCUGCUGGAAGACGAGCUCACCCUGGAUGGGACCAUUGUCAGUGCAGCCUUUGAUGACUCUCUGGAGCUGGGGAUUGUGGGCACCACAGCAGGAACCCUGUGGUACAUCAACUGGGCAGAGAGCACCAGCAUCCGGCUGAUCAGCGGCCACAAGAACAAGGUGACCGAGGUGUCCUUCAGCCCUGAGGAGUCCCACUGUGCCACCUGCGGGGAGGACGGCAGCCUCCGGGUCUGGGCGCUGGGCAGCGUGGAGCUGGUGGUGCAGUUCCAGGUGCUCAACCAGAGCUGCCAGUGCCUGGCCUGGAAGCCUCUCAUUCCAUGGGGAGCAGAGAACCAGCACGUGGUGGCAGGGUACAGUGAUGGCACCAUCCGUGUGUUCAGCAUCUCCAGGACUGAGAUGGAGCUGAAGAUGCACCCCCAUGCCCUGGCCCUGACUGCCAUCACCUACUCCACUGAUGGAGAAAUGAUCUUGUCAGGGGGCAAGGAUGGGCUGGUGGCUGUCAGCAGCUCCCGCACUGGGAUGACUCUCCGUGUCCUCCAUGACCACAAGGGCUCCCCCAUCACCGUCCUCCAGUGCUGCAGGAAGCAGUACCAGGCCUUUGGGGUGGAAGGAGGUGACCUCUGGCUGGCCAGCAGCUCCGACCGGCGGGUCAGUGUCUGGGCAGCUGACUGGCUGAAGGACACCUGUGAGCUCCUCGACUGGCUCAGCUUCCCAGCUCCUGCUGGCCCUGAGGAUCUCAGCAGCCUCCCACCCAGUCUGGCUGCCUUCUGCCCUUGGGAUCCAAGCACCCUGGUCUACGUGGGCUUUGGGGUGCAGAAGGAAGCCUUGUUUUACAGUCUGCACCAGAAACAGGUGGUGGAGAAGAUCUCCCUGCCCUUCUUUGCUACCUCGCUCAGCCUGUCCCCUGCAGCACCCUUCAUGGCUCUUGGCUUUGGUGCCCAGGUGGGGAAGACAUCCCUGAUCAUGGCUCUGGUGGGUGAGGAGUUCCCUGAAGAGGUGCCUCCUCGUGCAGAGGAGAUCACCAUCCCAGCUGAUGUCACCCCUGAGAAGGUCCCCACACACAUCGUGGACUACUCAGAGUCGGAGCAGACGGAGGUUGAGCUGCAGGAGGAGAUUGCCAAGGCCAACGUGGUGUGUGUGGUGUAUGAUGUCACCAAAGAAGCCACCAUCGAGAAGAUUCGCACCAAGUGGAUCCCCAUGGUGAACGGGGGAGUGGAAAAGGGCUCCAGGAUCCCCAUUAUUUUAGUGGGAAACAAGUCAGACCUGCAGGUGGGAAGUUCCAUGGAUGUCAUCCUGCCCAUCAUGAACCAGUUCUCAGAGAUAGAGACCUGUGUGGAGUGCUCUGCCAAGAACCUCAAGAACAUCUCAGAACUUUUCUACUACGCCCAGAAGGCUGUGCUGCACCCCACUGCCCCCCUCUACGACCCAGAGGAGAAGCAGCUGAAGCCUGCGUGUGCGCGAGCGCUGACCCGGAUCUUCAACCUCUCAGACCAGGAUAACAACCAGAUCCUUAGUGAUGAUGAACUCAACUACUUUCAGAAGUCCUGCUUUGGAAACCCCCUGGCUCCCCAGGCCCUGGAGGAUGUGAAGAUGGUUGUGUGGAAGAACACCACAGAUGGGGUGCAGGACAACGGCCUGACCUUGAAUGGCUUCCUCUUCCUCAACACGCUCUUCAUCCAGAGGGGCCGACACGAGACCACCUGGACCAUCCUUCGCCGCUUCGGCUACGACAACGAGCUGGAGCUGAUGGACGAGUAUCUGCACCCUCAGUUCCGCCUGCCCCCCGGCUGCUCCACCGAGCUCAACCACCUGGGCUACCAGUUCCUGCAGAGGCUCUUUGAGAAGCAUGACAAGGACCGGGACGGAGCCCUGUCCCCCUCGGAGCUGCAGAACUUCUUCAGCGUCUUCCCCUGCGUGCCCUGGGGCCCCGAGCUCUACAGCACGGUAUGCACCACUGACACGGGCCUGCUGUCCCUGCAUGGAUUCCUCUGCCAGUGGACGCUGGUGGCUUACCUGGAUGUGCAGCACUGCCUGGAGUGCCUGGGCUACUUGGGGUACCCCAUCCUCUCCGAGCAGGACUCCCAGACUCAAGCCCUCACGGUGACCCGAGAGAAGAGGAUCGACCUGGAGAAAGGCCAGACCCAGAGAAACGUUUUCCUCUGCAAGGUGCUGGGAGCCCGGGGUGCAGGCAAGUCUGCCUUCCUGCAGGCCUUCCUCGGCAGGAGCCUGGCGGUGCAGAGGGAGAGCCCGGGGGAGCCGUCCCGCUACGUGAUCAACACGGUGCAGGUCGGCGGCCAGGAGAAGUACCUGAUACUGUACGAGGUCAGCGCUGACGCCGCCUUCCUGAAGCCGUCGGACGCAGCCUGCGACGUCGCCUGCUUCAUCUAUGACCCCAGAGACCCCAGAUCUUUCAACUUUGCUGCCAGUAUUUACAAGGAGCACUACAUGGACAGCCAGAUUCCCUGCAUCUUCUUGGCCUCCAAAGCAGACCUGCCAGAAUCCAGCCAGCAGCCCGGGCCCUCACCUGUUGAGUUCUGCUACAAGCACUGCCUCCCACCCCCCUUCCCCUUCUCCUGCCACAGCCAGGGCCCACCCAGCACCACCAUCUACACCAAACUGGCCACUGCUGCCACCUUCCCGUGAGUGUCCUUCCCAUGGAGAGCUUGGGGACUUGGGUGUGGGGGGCUGGAUCCCAGCCCUAUCUCUGCCACCUUGCACUGCUUUUGGCUUCUCAUCUGCUCUUCAAUUGAAACCAAAGAGCUGCUUCUUCCCCUGCUUGAAAAGGGGGCUCAGCUUUUUGCUGCUUUCUGUGUCUCUCUGGCAGAUUUAUUAGCUAGAUCCUGACACUGGAGUUUUUAUUUUUGUAGCCUAAGAUAAAAAAAAAUGCUGAAGGGGGGGGAGUAGCCAGCCCAGUUUGCUCAGGCCUGCAGCAGGGGGUGGCAGCUAUUUUCUCCUGAUGAGGCAGAUAAAACUGAGGGAGAAAAAAAACCCAAAAGGGACAGUGAAGUGAGACCUGUGGUUGAUCCUUGGGAAGGAACCAAACCUGAAAGGGGCUGGGCAGUGAGGUAGGGUGACAGCCAGGCUGGUCACAGGCCAUGAGGGGACAUCAGGGGAGGAGAAGGUGUCUGUGUGUGGCUUUUCUCUGCUGGAGGGGAGCUGAGGGUCAGUGCAGAGCCCUCCCAGGGAAAGCAUGUGGGUGCAUUGGGAAGGGAGGAUGGGAUUACUAGUGAGUGGUUUUCCCUCCAGCUUCUUUUCAAUAAACAACUUUAUUUUUA